ACAAGCCAGGAUGGAUGAUCACAGUCAAGCAUGGUAUCUGAGGACUGCAAAGCUGGCUCUGGCCUUGGCAAUUAUCCGCUCAAAACCAGCAGACAAAAGCAGCAGAGAAUACACAGAGCAUCUUGCGAGGAUGGUGUCUGGGCAGGAAUCGAAGUGGAGAUCAAAAGUUGAAGCCUUGGAAGCUGAAGUUCUGCAGUUACGUCAAAAACUUCUUCUGAGCAGGAUCUGUUCAGGAUCAUUUGAGAGUGGAGACCCGUCUUCCGUGUUGCAGGCUCAGGAACCUAGAAGUUCUGAGAACACAUCAGCUCCGCUGGAAGAUUCUGGGUGUGAUUUAUCCUGUGAGCAGAGAAGCGACCUUUCAGAGAUGCCCUGGCAUUCUGUGGAGAGCUGCACCCCCACCCCCUUCCCACCGCUGCCCAUUGGGAAAAGCCAUCCUGCUGCUCCGGAAAACCCCCUGUCUUCUCACAUGCGAUUCUUGCAGCAUCUGCUUGCCCUGAAGAACUUGACGGACUCGGGGAGUCUGAAAACCGGCUUCAGCCACCUUGAAAACGACUCUUCCACAGUGUCCGAUUCUGUUUUUCAGUUGUUGGAUGGCCUGAUCACUUUUUACCGAGAACCCAAACUUCCUUUUUCAAGGUUUUGGACAGAAGCUGUUGAUACUUUAGCUAGACUGAUCAGUGAUGGUAACUUAUCUAAUCAUAUUCUUAAAAAGUGUUCCAAGAAGUUGGAAGAAUUUGAGAAGACCCUGCUGCAGGUUAUUUUAAGGACCAGCCAUAUAAAUCGGCCUUGUGGCUCCGAGUCUCCAGUUGGAUCCCCUUUUGUAGCCAUCUGCAGCUCCGACCUGUCCCCGUGGCCCCAGAUCUGGCCUCUGAUUGCCACACCACAGCUCUGUUCUCUAGUGGAUGCCUGA